AAAAGUCGACCCGCUACAUGAAAAUAACAGACGGCAAAGAAAAACCACGAGUCCUGCGAUGAGCAAGUCUCCGUGAUUUAUAUACCGGUGGUCAUGUCUUGCAGCGUACGACCGCUACUGGCUCAGUUAUUGAAGCAUCGUAUCGGACCCAGCAGCAGCAGCAGCAGUGAGUUCAUUGGCCUCGAUCGGUGCUACUCAGCGAGAAGCAGAAGGUGCUUUUGGACGUUAGCCUCGGACAACUUUGACAGAUCUAACAACGAUAACAACAACAACAACUGCAACAGAAGCGGUACCACUUGGUGCAGGCUGAAAAAAGUCUGCCUCGGCUUGGCCCUGGCAGCAGGAACCUUGGCUACCUGCGGCACGGUCGUCCUUCGUGUACUCGGCAGUCCAGUGGUCGAAGCGGGCAAUGCCUCGGUCCACCCGCCCAAACUGCCCUGGGGCUUCAACGGCGCCUUCGCCUCGCUCGAUCACUCGAGCGUCCGCCGGGGCUGGCAGGUCUACAAGAACGUCUGCUCGGCCUGCCACAGUCUCCAGUACGUCGCAUUCAAGGACCUCGUCGACGUCUGUUACACCGAGGACGAGGUGCGCGACAUGUGCAGCGAGUACGAGGUCAAGGACGGACCCAACGAGGAGGGCGAGUACUUCAUGCGACCGGCCAAGCUGUCCGACAAGGUGCCCGGGCCCUACGAGAACGAGGAAGCGGCGAGAUUCGCCAAUAACGCGGCCCUGCCCGUGGAUCUGAGCUUCGUGGUCAACGCCAGGCAUCACGGGCCCGAUUACGUGUUCGGCCUGCUGACGGGUUAUCGGGAGCCGCCCGCGGGCGUCGAGCUCAUGGAGGGACAGGCGUUCAAUCCGUACUUCGAGGGUGGCGCCCUGGGAAUGAUGGAGAUGCUGCAGGACGGCGGCGUCGACUACGACGACGGCACGCCCGCGACCAAGUCCCAGAUGGCCAAGGACGUCGUGGAGUUCCUCAACUGGACGGCCAAUCAGGAGUGGAACACGCGCAAGCUCUACGCCAUGAAGACGAUCGGCGUCUCGCUCGUCAUGGCCGCCUCCCUGUGGCUGGCUUACAGGCACAAGAUCAACGUCCACAAAAAGACCGUGUUCUGCCUGCAGCCGAAGCCGCGCCGCAACCGGCCCUGCGAUUGCGAGCGUUCUUAG